AUGGCCAUGUGCGAGGACAUCAAGGGGCGCGUCGAGGGGUACUUCUUGCGCGCACUCUCGGCGCCGCUGGUCACCCCGACAACUCCCACGAGGAUCGCGGCUGACAUUCUGGGCGAGUUCACCAAGGAAGUGACGCCGCAGGACAACGCUUUGGCACACUACAUCGACUUAGUUGUGAACCACGCGGAUGCCGCCCCAGCCAACUUGGAUGAACUCUACAAGAGAGCGUCCGAGAACAACGACUGGAGCGGCCUCCUUGCGCCGCGCGGUUUCAAGAGCCCGCCCCCGCCAGAAACUCAGCUCCAGUUCGCUAUUUUGGACGGCCAGGGCGGCGCCAAAACAAUCCUCAAUCACAUCGUCCUUAAGAGCCCCGAACGUAAGAUGAAGUUCGCGCCCUUCAAGGAGUUGGCCUAUGGGGCGCCGCGGAGGCUGGUUUCCGUGCACCCGAAGAUCGGCACGAAGGUCUGGCAAUACGUGUUUGAAGCCUUUGGCGGCAAACAGUUCCGCCAAUUCUUCCUCUCGCCCGAAGCCAAGGCGAAGGCCACCCAGAACGCUUUUUAUGAGAAGAGCGACGAUGAGAUCAACGCUGGCUUCGACUACAUCAUCAACGAGGCCCCGAAGUCCACGGUGGGCUUGCAGCAGGCGCGCUGGCAGACGAUCGCAAUGAGGGCAGGGGUGCCCCUCCGCGGAUGGCCCAUCGGCCUCGUUGAGAAGUCCUUGCGCUCCUUGGCGGCGGAGGGCGCUCUGGCGAAGAAGGAGUUCGGUAACAUCGUGACCCUUUGCGAUGAGCACUUCAACCUUCGCGUUCUCAAUGUCAUGGCGGACCUCAUCAGCAGCAACCUUUCGCUUGUCCUCAUUGGGGAGCCCAGCGUCGGCAAGACACCGCUCGGGCGCGCGUUCUUGAUGGCAAUGUGCCGCAGGAGCGCGAGGGCAAACGGGUUGGACCCCGCGCGCUGCCCCAUCCGCGUGACGCCUGAGAUCGACUUCCUACGCGGCGAGCCAGGCGACAUUCUGAUGGGGGGUUUCGUUGACGACGGGCGCUCGAACCUCCUCCCGCCGAAGAUGGUGAAGGCUCUGCUGGACGUGGGGCGCGCGACACCAUGGAAGAUGGGCGAGCCUCGGUGCAUGGCUGACCAGGCAUGCGACCCGAAUGCUGAGAAGCUAGACCGCUGGCCCUCCGUGACGUUCAAGGAGUUCUUCGAGCUCGUGCGCCCUGCCUUCCACGAGACAGCAACCCGCGCUUGCAUGUUGGCUUCCCUUAAGCGCGCUGCGUUCCUCGUGAACACGCAGGAACAUCUAUACUGGCGCCCGCCAGGCACCGAGGAGAAGGACGUGCAGCGCAUCCACUUCAAGGGGGAAGCCUUUCUGACAGGCGAGGGGGAGCGCCUGUGCCAGCUGCAGAAGGACGGCGACAUGACGCCGCCCGACAACUUCGAUCAGCUCUUGGAGAAGGAGCGGCUCCUCGUUGAUUCCGCAGUGGAGAAGAACCGCAAGAAGUCCUCGGACGCGGCCGUCGGCGCUUUGCCGGCCCUUGCGAUCGCCCAGGUUUCGGGGCUCAAAGAUGAGGCGCCGAGGGGCGUCAAGCGGGAGCCCGUGUCCCUUGAGCGCCUGAUGUUUCGGAAGCGUCUGCUCUCGGGGAUGGCGAUCAACGUCGAUAGCCCGUCCCCCGCCAAGCAGCAUGCCGCGGCGUCGUCCUCUGCAGCGAGGCCCUCUGCGCCGCCCCGCGGCGAGCUCGACGUCCAGCUCUCGCAGAUGUUGGGCGCCGACGGCGUGGAGGUGCCCCUGCCGUCUGCGGGGGAGGAAGAGGACGCGGCGAAUUUCAUCGGGCCUCAGGAGGAUUGA